UCACGUGACCGGGCGGCGCUCACGUGACCGCGCUGGCUGCGCGAUGGCUGCGAGGCUGGCGCGGUUUUUGCUGCUGUUCGGGCUCGCCGCGCGCGGGCCGGCGUCCAAGAUGAAGGUGGUGGAGGAGCCCAACACGUUCGGGCUCAACAACCCCUUCCUGCCCCAGACCAGUCGCCUGCAGCCCAAGAGGGAUCCUUCACCCGUGUCUGGGCCUGCGCACCUCUCCCGACUUUCUGGCAAGUGCUUCAGCCUGGUGGAGUCCACGUAUAAGUACGAGUUCUGCCCGUUCCACAACGUGACCCAGCACGAGCAGACCUUCCGCUGGAAUGCUUACAGCGGGAUCCUCGGCAUCUGGCACGAGUGGGAAAUCGCCAACAAUACCUUCAGGGGCAUGUGGAUGAGGGACGGUGACUCCUGCCGCUCGCGCAGCCGGCAGAGCAAGGUGGAGCUUACCUGUGGGAAAAGCAACCGACUGGCUCACGUGUCGGAGCCAAGCACCUGUGUCUACGCGCUGACGUUCGAGACGCCCCUCGUCUGCCACCCCCACUCCUUGUUAGUGUACCCAGCCCUGCCCGCAGCCCUGCAGCAGAGGUGGGACCAGGUGGAGCAGGACCUGGCCGAUGAGCUGAUCACGUCCCAGGGCUACGAGAAGUUGCUCAGGGCACUUUUUGAGGACGCUGGCUACUUGAAGGCCCCCGAAGAAAGUGAGUCUGCACAGCAGGGAGGCGGUGCCCAGAGCCUGGUGUUUGAGACCCUGGAGAGCUGCAAUAAGGCACAUAAAGAACUGUCCAAGGAGAUUAAAAGACUUAAAAGUGUGCUGACCCAGCAUGGCAUCCCCUACACCAAGCCUGCAGAAACUUCCACCUCGGCGCACUUGGGCUCCAAGACACCCAUAGACAGGGCAGCAGAGCAGCUACGAGGUGACCCAGGAUUGCGUGGGAACACCUUGUGACCUGGGACUGCGGCGUCGUACACCAGGCCGGGACCACGGGGCAAAGCGCGCAGCCCCGGAAACGGACACUACAGGCAGAGGACGCGCGGCCUCUGUGCCUUCGCGCUAGCAGCUCUCAGGCUUGUGCUCAAAGAUGCAGGCAAAUAAAGAUUCAAAGUUUUAAUUAAUUCCCAUACUGAUAAAAAUAAUUCCAUGAAUUCUGUAAACCAUUGCAUAAAUGCUAUAGUGUAAAAAAAUUUAAACAAGUGUUACCAACUUUAAACAGUUCACUACAAGUAAAUGAUUAUGCAUUAUAAAUACUA